CCAACGCCGCCCGUGGCCUCCGGAGUUUGCAAACUUGCAGCUCAGUCGUUUCCCUUCCACCCUCUCUCCCCGCCGCGUCCUCACUCGCUGCAGCAGCCCCCGAGGGGCAAAUCGCCUUAUCACGAAAGGAUGAAGAGAGACGGGGGUGGAGAUCUUUACUGGACCAGACCUGAAUGCCAGGUAUGGACUGUGAUGCUUCUGCUGGGGACGUGCCUAUUGUACUGUGCCCGGGUCUCCAUGCCCAUCUGUGCUCUGUCGAUGAAUGAAGAUUUUGGCUGGAACAAGAAACAGUCUGGAAUUGUUUUGAGCAGCUUCUUCUGGGGUUACUGCUUAACUCAGAUCAUCGGUGGGCACCUUGGUGAUCGAAUCGGAGGGGAGAAAGUCAUCCUCCUUUCAGCAUCUGCCUGGGGUCUUAUCACAGCCCUCACCCCACUGCUGUCACACCUCAGCAAUGCCCACUUGGUCCUUAUGACCCUCUCUCGAAUCCUCAUGGGCCUUCUUCAAGGGGUUUAUUUCCCAGCUCUGACUAGCCUGCUGUCUUUGAAAGUCCGGGAGAGUGAACGAUCAUUCACUUACAGUACUGUGGGUGCUGGUUCUCAGUUUGGGACCCUGGUGAUUGGUGGAGCUGGGUCCCUUCUUUUGGAUUGGUAUGGCUGGCAGAGUGUCUUUUAUUUCUCUGGUUUGCUCACUUUGCUGUGGGUUUAUUACAUGUGCAGAUACCUGCUGAAUGAACAAGAACUCACACUGUCUCUUGGAGUUUUAGCAAAAGGUUUUCCCAUGUCAAAACAAAUAAAAAUUCCUUGGAAACAGUUAUUUAAGAGAGCUCCUGUCUGGGCUGUCAUAUUUGCUCAGCUCUCUUCAGCCAGUUCAUUUUUCAUUCUUCUUUCUUGGCUGCCAACUUUCUUCCAAGAAACCUUUCCAGACUCUAAGGGUUGGGUCUUUAAUGUUGUUCCCUGGUUGACCGCUAUUCCAGCAAGUUUGUUUAGUGGAUUCCUCUCUGAUCAUCUGAUCAGUCAAGGUUAUCGAACGAUCACUGUACGUAAAGUCAUGCAGGUGAUGGGUUUGGGUGUUUCAAGUGUUUUUGCUUUGUGUCUGGGUCAUACAUCAAGCUUUUGUAAAUCUGUCAUAUUUGCAUCAGCCUCAAUUGGACUUCAGACCUUUAACCACAGUGGCAUUUCUGUUAACAUCCAGGAUUUGGCCCCUUCAUGUGCUGGCUUUUUGUUUGGUGUUGCCAAUACUGCCGGAGCCUUAGCAGGUGUUGUUGGUGUGUAUCUGGGGGGAUAUCUAAUUGAAACCACUGGCUCAUGGACUUCUGUUUUCAAUCUGGUGGCCAUAGUUAGUAAUCUCGGACUGUGUACAUUCCUUAUAUUCGGAGAAGCCCAGAGAGUGGACACGAUCUCUGGUUACGAAGACCUGUAGUGACUGUGGGAAGCUGAAGAGCCAGGCAACCUAGAGAUCUAAAAUUGUGAUUUCAGUUUGUCACUGCAAUGAAGAAACUCUAUUGCUUAAGAGAAAAAAAAACUCCUCGUAAACUGGAAGCAGGGAGAUAAAUUCCGCAGUCAAGUAAUACUCUUGGCCUGAAGGAAGGGAACAGCCUCCACAGUUCAACAAAAUGAUAUUACAACAAAGGAACCUCCAUGGUUGAUUCUGGUUGGAAGUCACUGCCACUCCUCUGACUGGUUGCUCCUGGCCUCGCUUGUCUUAGAGAACUUCUCAUUCGGUUCAGAGGACAUUCCCCAAAUCCCCAACCUUACAAACUUCCCUGUGGCAAAAGUUAAAGGCCUGGAGUUGGGGUAGCCUUCUCCUGAUUGACCUGCUGCUGCUUUAGUGGCCUAAAUAAAGGACACUCUUCUUAAGUUACCUUCCUUUCCCUCCAGUACUACAGCACUGUGAGGAGUGCAGGAGGGCCAGGAGGAUGAGUUAAGGAGGAAGUGUAAAGUGUAAUCCUGCCUCUCCAGGAUAAGAACGACAGGUAUUUUAACCUUAGCUAGUGAAUGAGAUCAAAGCCAUCUAGGGCUACUCAGUCCUGGGGAGUCUGAAUAGUAUAUGGUCUCUUGCUGCCCAAGAGUAUGUGUGUUUUUUAACUAUGCAUUCCAAGAAUGCCAGAAACAUCCCAAAGAACUCAUAGAAUAUGUUCUAUUUAUGUUAUUUUUGUGUGCAAUGGAUCCAAAAUAAAUUGAAUGUUCAGCAAAGGAAAUGCUGGACUCAUGUACCCUCUGGUAUUGAAAGCUGCCAGUUUGAGUUAGUGGAGAGAGAGAGCAGGCUGUAGUAGGAAGAGCCCACACAGAAUAUUCAGAGUCAAGUUAGAGACCUGGGUGGUAAUCCUGACUCUUCUCCUGAUUUUGUGGCUAAGUCUGCACUGGGCCAAACCAUAGAAAUCCCAAAGCCAAAUAUUUUUAACUGGCAAAAAGUUUCAGUCAGCCUAAUUUUCAGUGUAGUGAAUGGGGGGCUGUACUAGAGAUAUCUGUCAGGGUUUGUGGAUCAGCCAAACUCUAUUGGUGUGAGGUUUUGACAGCCUGCCUUGAUUUCUUGCACAAUUGCAUCCGUAUCCUUGGGCUAAGCUCUUGAUUGACACUGCUGCCUGAGGCAGGAGGGAACUGACAGUAUCCAAAGAUAACCUAAAAAACCAGAGUGCCAAAUGGCAAGUUUGCCAUCCAACUGCUAAGUACUUUUCAGCAUUACCAAUUCAGUAUAGCAGCCAAGGGGCUGUGGGAGCCCAUAUUGGAAAGAGGAAGCCUGAUUAAGGGAGGCUAGGGGUGUGGGCGGGCAGAAAAUUCUCAAGUGCAGUCUGUCAAUCGUACAGACAUUCUGAAAUCAGGGCUUCUCCCAGUAAAACGAGAAGCACAAGAACAUUCCCUCUGGAUGCACAGGGAUAUUCCCAGAGGUGUUUCUUUGCCUGGGGGUAGUGUCAAGUUGCAAAAUCCAAAUAUUUUCAGCAAAAAUAUCCAUUCUAAAAGUAUAUUUUUCUAAUACAGACUUGGCCACUGGGUGGUCAAAGGUAAGCCAUGUCCUCUUUCAAAGCCUCAAUUUCCCCCCCUUUAAAAUACUGAUAUUAAUAUAUGCUCUUCUAAUUAUAGAUAUGGUGAAGAUAAAUAACAGUGGAAGUGUGUUAAACUCCACAAAAGGAAGGUGCAAUAUAAAUUUAAAAUACAACACAAAGGUGUGCCAUGAAGCAUGACUUCACUUUGCCUUUUGUCUAGAUAUCAUUAGGGUGAUAUGGAACCAACUGCCCGCUUACUUGCCUUAAGUAUUAAAGUAGUCGUAAUCAUGGAAAGGGAAAUCCUAAGAUGUGUAAGAUGAUGUAUGCAGAGUUCUUUAGAAGACAUUCCCAUGAAUGAAUAAAACAUCUACAUAGCUUCAAAAGAAUAUUUAAAAUGAGUGUUCCUUUUCUGUCUUUGUAUUAUUUAAAAUGAUCCAUUUGUCAUUUUUAUGUGUUUAAGCCUAAAAAUGGAAACUUCAUUCCCAAAUUUCAUUGAAAGUGAGUUUUAAAGCAUGGUCUAAACAUCAAAAUAAAGGUUUUGAAGGAACCCUUUUAUUGAAUCUGUAUAGAUGGAAUUGCCAAGAUUCCGGGCAGCUACAAAAAUCUAGGCCUAGAGUCAGCAUUUAACGGGCCUCCUUGCCCCAGCCCUAGGCCCCAUUAGUAACUAACAAAGUGUUUUUGUUUUUGGUUUCUUCUCUCAUUCCCCAAACCUCAGGAAGUUGUUUCGGCUAAUUACUGUUCAUGUGCAUUAAAGGUCAUAAAUACUGCCAAAAA